AUUUAUAUCAUUGAAAUUUGAACAUGUGGAUUAUCCAGAGAGCUGGUUGUUGUUGCUGUUGUUGUUAUUAUCGUAUCCUAAAUUUCACAGAUCACACAUUUUCUAACAUGUGAUAUGUAUAACUGAAUACAGAUUUUACUUUACAGAUUGUAAAGCAUCUUCCAAAAUACUAUUACUUCAGAAAUUAAAACUGAUAAUCUGAAAUACACCAACUGAGAAGUGAAUUAUGUAUCAGUCUCAUAACACACAUAAUUCUCAUUAUUGUCAACAAUACUCCAUGGGGAAUUGUUCAUUAUGUAAGAAUGAAAACUACAGGAAUGAUUAUUUACAAAGUGUAAAUGAUACAGGUAGUGAGGAUAGUACAUUCCAAAAUAUGUAUAUGUCUAAUUCUCUGUCUUAUCCUCUGUUGAACAGAGAGUACCAUCAUCCAUUGAAUAUGAAUAAUAAUCAUAAUAAUAAUAUUGAUCCACAUAAUAAUAACAAUAAUAUGACAUCAGCAGAUGUUACAGAAUCAGACAGUUCAUAUAAUUAUGAUACAACAGUUCUACUGGAUACUAUGAGAGAUUUUGGAUGGCCAUUUUUUGAAAAAUCUACAUCAGCAUUUUCAUUGUGUUCCCAUGCAAGAUCAAAUUUCAGUUCAAGUUAUCGUGAUUGUCGAUUAAGGUAUAUUAAACAAACAAGAAAGUUACAAAAAUAUCUACGAAUUACACCUGAAGGGCAUAUAUUAGUAAAUAAUCCAAAAAUUGAACAUUAUCCGAGUACACAACAUUAUCAUCAACAACAGUUGCCAAGCAACCAUACUUAUAACAAUUCAAAGAUCAAUACCCUUGAAUGCAAGAAUCAUUUAAAUAAAAUUGCGACAUCCACAACAACAACAAAUGGACAUGAAUUAUACAAUAAUCCAUUCGGUUCACUUAUAAGUACACCAAGAAUAAAACGAAUUUAUACUGCUUUUUGGAAUUUAGAACCACGUGAAAGUAUCAGUGUACGAAGAUUGCACACUUCAUCGUCAACACAAUUCCCUGUGUCAACAAUACCAGCUACACAAGGAUCAGAAUCACUGUUUCAACCAGUUGCAAAUGGAUCAUCUCCUUACCAUUGUAUGAAUGGUUCUCAGCAUUCAAACGGUGAUGCAAGUGAGGAUGAAUUAGAAUUAAAAAUGCAUAAUAACAAUAUAUUAUCGAGCAAUACACAUCUAGAACCUGUUAUGGAGAAAUCGUUUUGCGAUAAUAUCACUACACCGCCUCUUCCACCUCCUCCCCCUACAACUACUAAUACUACUAAUAAUAAUCAGAGUGAUAAUACCGUGAAUGGAGUAUCCGAGGGAGAUGCAAAAUCAAAGUGACUUGAAAAAAUUUUCUCUCAUUUUCCUUAUCAAACUUUAUUAUUCCUCUUGAUCUUCAUUGUCAGUCAAAACAGAUAAACAAAAAAACAAACUAUCAAUGCUUAGUAUGUGAUCCAAUAUUGAUUAAUUGGAAAAAAACAAAACAACAACAGAUGAUAUUCUAAAAAGUUAACUUAUUUAUACAAAAUAUUUUUUAUGUACAUUAAUUACACAAAAUGCAUUUAUUAAAUAUUAGUACUUUGAUGAUGAUGUCAUUUUUAAAGCCUAUUGAAGAUGUGUAACGGCGUAUGAAUUAUGAAAACGAGAGAAGGAGCGGGGAUGAGAAGCAUAUUCUUGAAUUUGUCUUUGACUGGCAGGUAAAUU